GGGCGCUGGUUGGGCGACCAAAAGUAAAACCCUAUUUGUAUUUGCCUUUGCCUCUGCCUUUCUAGUUUCUUCAUCUAUAUCGCCGCCUGCAACACACUGCAACUGCAAUGGAGGACGGUUUCGCAGCUGAGAAGCUCUUCAAUCAGGGCUUUUCCUACACCUACGACGAUGUCAUCUUCCUUCCUCACUACAUUGACUUCCCCACUGACUCCGUCCAACUCGCUACCCGGCUUACUCGCAACAUCCCCCUCUCCAUCCCCUGCGUCUCUUCCCCCAUGGACACUGUAACCGAAGCCUAUAUGGCUUCCGCCAUGGCUGCUCUUGGUGGCAUCGGUAUCAUACACUCCAAUGCCCCAAUCCCCCACCAAGCUGCCAUGGUCACUGCCGCCAAGUCUCGCCGAGUUCCAAUUUUGUCCAAUCCUGUUUUCAAAUCUCCAUCUCACCGGAUUGAUUCCGAAGACGAUUUUGCUUCUACGCCCUUCGUUCUGAUCACAGAGUCGGGUACCUCAAACUCGAAACUUUUGGGAUAUGUCUCGCACGCGGAUUGGAUAUCCCAGGGGAACAAAGAGUUGAAAAUAUACGAUUACAUGGUUAACUCGGGGGUUUCGGUUCCGUGGAACUAUGAUUUAGCGCAAGUGGAUGCUUUUCUGGAGGAAAAGAAGCAGGAGUUGGUGCCGCUGUUGAAGGAUGGCGAAGUUGUGGAUGUUGUGACCAAGUCUGAAGUGGAAAGAAUCAAGAGCUAUCCAAAACUGGGCGUUGGCUCGGUUGGGGCUGAUGGUUCUUGGAUGGUAGGGGCUUCGAUUGGAACCAGGGAACAUGACAAGGAGAGGCUGGAGCAUUUAGUGAAAGCAGGUGUAAACGUAGUGGUGUUAGAUAGUUCACAGGGCAACUCAAUUUAUCAAAUUGAUAUGAUAAAGUAUGUGAAGCAGACGUAUCCAGAGUUGGACGUCAUUGGCGGGAAUGUGGUUACGAUGGCGCAGGCCCAGAAUUUGAUUCAGGCUGGUGUCGACGGCUUGCGGAUUGGGAUGGGCUCUGGAUCUAUCUGUACCACGCAGGAGGUUUGUGCAGUUGGACGAGGACAGGCGACUGCGGUUUACAAGGUCUCAUUAGUUGCAUCGCAAAGUGGCGUGCCUGUGAUUGCUGACGGUGGAAUUUCAAACUCUGGGCAUUUUGUUAAGGCUCUAGUUCUUGGUGCAUCGACGGUAAUGAUGGGAAGUUUUUUGGCUGGAAGCACGGAGGCUCCUGGAGCCUUUGUAACUAAGAAUGGUCAGCGUGUGAAGAAGUAUCGAGGGAUGGGCUCUUUAGAAGCAAUGACCAAAGGCAGCGAUGCCAGAUACUUGGGGGAUACUGCAACCCUUAAGAUAGCACAGGGGGUUGUCGGAGCAGUUGCUGAUAAGGGUUCGGUCUUGAAGUUCAUACCCUACACAAUGCAAGCAGUAAAGCAAGGGUUCCAAGAUCUUGGUGCUUCCUCCAUCAAAUCUGCCCAUGACCUCUUAGCCGCAAAGGUUUUAAGAUUGGAGGUCCGCACAGGGGCUGCACAGGUCGAAGGUGGAAUUCAUGGACUGGUGUCUUAUGAAAAGAAAUCGUUUUGAUCUUAAUCAACCCAUUACUCACAGGAAUCCGAUCGCUGCUUUCUAGCUCGACUUGAAUUACCCAAUGUAUUCAAAUAGAUGUUGUGACUCAUGCAAUAAUUUAUUUAACAAUAAAUGGGCUCAAGUUUAUUAUGAUAACCACCAAUGUCCCUAGAUGUUUGGCAUCCUCGUAGCACAACUCUUUCUGUACAUUACUUAUGCAUAGAAAACCAAUUUAAGGCCACGAGCUCUGUUCAAAUGGA